UUAUGUAUUAGUAAUACUUGUGAUUAUUGAUAGGGAAAGAAAUUGGAAAAAUAUCAGGAAAUUUAAAAGAGAGAAAUUAGAUAGAAAGUAAAAAAUUCUUUAAGCAAUAAUAGAAAUAAAAGCUUUUUAGAUACUACCUGUAGAAAAUGAGAAAACAAUUGUAAAAUAAGGUAUAGUUGAAGUAAUAAUUAUGUUUUAAUUUCAAUAAUAUAGAUUAAACAACUAAUAGAAUGAA